ACUAAUGAGUCCUAUGAUGCCAAGUGAGUCCAUGGGAGGGGAUGUAAACCUCACUUCUGUGACCGUGUUUGUUCUUCUGGGAAUCUCAAAAGAUAAAGAGCUGCAGCUUAGUCUCUUUCCAGUCUUCCUGCUGAUUUACCUUGUGACAUUAUUCUGGAACCUGGGUCUCAUCAUCCUUAUCAGAAUGGAUUCCCACCUGCACACACCAAUGUACUUUUUCCUCAGUGCCCUGUCAUUUAUAGACAUCUGCUACACUUCUUCCAUCAGCCCACGGAUGCUUGCAGACCUCUUCAAAGAUAAAAAAGUCAUUUCCUUCAUUGCCUGUGCCACCCAGUGGCUUGUGGCUUCCUGGAUGGGUCAGGCUGAGUGCCUCGUCUUGGCCGCCAUGGCUUAUGACAGAUACGUGGCCAUUGGCAAACCUCUCCAGUACUCGACCAUCAUGGCGCCUGGACUCUGUUGGAAGAUGGUGGCUGGGGCCAUUGGGUGUGGUUUCCUUUCUAGCUUAAUUGAAGUAGUCAUUGGCUUUGAGAUGUACUACUGUGGACCCAAUGUCAUCCAGAAUUUCUUCUGUAACAUCACUGAAAUUAUUAGUCUGUCUUGUUCUAAUUCCUUCAUUGGUCAAAUGAUAGUUUUUCUGAUCAUUCUUUGUGUUGCUGGAGGUUCUAUGGUUGUAGUUUUGUUAUCGUAUGGUUUCAUUGCAGCUUCCAUCCUGAAAUUAUCCUCUGUCAAGGGUAGCGCCAAGGCCUUCAACACCUGUGCCUCCCACCUGGCGGUUGUGACCCUCUUCUAUGGCACAGCACUCUCUGUGUACAUGCAUCCUAGUUCUGGCCACUCCACGAAACAGAACAGGUUUCUUUCUGUGUUCUAUGUUAUCAUUAUUCCCAUGUUAAAUCCUUUUAUCUAUAGUCUCAGGAACAAGGAGAUCAAAGAGGCCCUCAGGAGGGUGAUGAAGAAGACAACACAUUUGUCUCAUUGA